AUUCUUUCACAACGAACUUUGUAGAAACAAUUUUGCCACACAGCCUUGCUAAAUUUCUCGCUGUUGAAUACGAGUCAUACCAUGACAGAGGUAGAGUCAUUCAGACAGAUAUCGUUUGAGAAAGAAUUAGCAAGAGCAAAAUGGUUUAAAGAAGACCUGCAAAACGGUGGUUGGAAAGAAAUCUAUAACAAUACAGGUUCACAGUAUUGGAUGAAAACAUUCAGAGAAGAAAAGAUUCCUGUGAAGGUGUUGUUUACUUUUGACAUGCCAAUGCCUGCAGAAGCUUUUGUUAAACUCUUACACCCAUCAAUGCAAGAAACACGUUUAAAAUGGGACAAAGCGUUUGUAAAACAUCAAGUAUUGGAAACUUUUCCAAAUAAUGAAGGCUAUGUGACCUACAUGGUGACAGAAACAUCUUGGCCGCUACAAGACCGAGAAUUUGUUUUAUUUAUACCACCUGCUCAAAAGGUUAACUGGUUCGGGGAGGAAGCUUUUAUGAUUUUGCAAAGAAAUGCUUGGCAUGCGUCUAAAUCAACAUCAUUCUUCGGUCCAGUCAGAGCUGAAAAUGGUGGAAAUUAUUUUAUUGUCAUUCCUGAUAAAGAAGAACCCGACAAAAAGUGCCAUACAUUCGCACUUACAAACAACAACUACAACGGAAUUCUUCCAAAUAACGGAUUUGAAAGUUUGAUUUCAAGAGCAAUUCCAAAAACAUUUAAUGUCUGGCGUGAAAGUCUAAUCGAGGGAUAUGAGAAUUACCUAAAACUUGAAUAAAAUAUGUACUCUUGUA